AAGACGGUCAUAGUGGCUUCUCUUGGGCAAGAAAACCAGAGAUAUAGAAAGAGGGAGAGAGAGAAAGAGGUAGAGACUUGCCAGAGAGCGAGUUAGACAAGAGACAGGGAGAGCGGGAGAGAGAGGGGAGAAGGAGCACAUCAGCGCGGCAGCAGAAUCAGGGGCAUAUUCAUUAGUCCAAACAAAAACGAGAGUUCAUAUUGGAAGAAGUCAGAUGGCGUGCCAGGGCCUUGCGAGCGGCGAGACUCUGAAGUCGCUGAAGGCGGAGAGCGAGACGCUGAGGAAGAAGCUCGAGGAGGAGCGGAAGAAGCUGCACGAUGUGGAGUUGGAGAAGGUAGCUGAGAAGGCGGAAGCUCUUGGUGAGUUAAACAUGAAGACUCGGAGGACACUGAAGGGCCAUGGCAACAAGGUGCUCUGUAUGGACUGGUGCAAAGACAAACGCCGCAUUGUCAGCUCCUCACAGGAUGGGAAGGUCAUCGUAUGGGAUGCUUUCACUACCAAUAAGGAACAUGCAGUGACCAUGCCGACUACGUGGGUGAUGGCGUGUGCCUACGCCCCCUCUGGCUGUGCCAUCGCCUGUGGGGGAUUGGAUAAUAAGUGCUCGGUGUACCCUCUCUCAUUGGACAAGGACGAGAACUUGUCGGCCAAGAAGAAGUCGGUUGCCAUGCACACCAACUACCUGUCCGGCUGCACCUUCACCAACUCUGACAUGCAAAUCUUGACGUCCAGUGGUGACGGUACCAGUGCGCUGUGGGAUGUGGAGAGUGGUCAGCUGCUGCAGAGUUUCCACGGUCACUCUGCUGAUGUUCUCACUCUGGACCUCGCCCCCUCUGAGACUGGAAACACCUUCGUCUCCGGGGGUUCUGAUAAGAAGGCUAACGUUUGGGACUUGCGCUCAGGGCAGAACGUCCAGUCGUUUGAUACCCACGACUCUGACAUCAACUGUGUCAAGUACUACCCCAGUGGCGAUGCUUUUGCCUCUGCUUCUGACGACUCUACCUGCCGUCUGUUUGAUCUCAGGGCUGAUCGGGAGGUGUCCAUCUACUCCAAAGACAGCAUAAUAUUUGGAGCCGCCAGUGUCGACUUCUCUCUUAGUGGUCGUCUGUUGUUUGCUGGCUAUAAUGACUACACCAUCAAUGUGUGGGACGUCCUGAAGGGGACCAGAGUAGCCAUCCUGUUUGGUCAUGAGAACAGAGUCAGCUCACUCAGAGUCUCUCCUGAUGGGACCGCUUUCUGCUCCGGGUCCUGGGACAACACUCUACGGAUCUGGGCCUAGAGCUGCUGUGAUGUCAUCAGAGCGAGACCGAACCCCUGGAAGUCAGGGGUCAGAGGUUAAGGGUCAGGACCAGAGUCAUGUGACCAGUCGACCCAGAGUGCCCAUGGAGCACACCCUGCCGCAGAAAGAGUCUGCCUAUAGAAACUAUAUUCAGUUACACACACACAAUAAUAAGCUAUCUAGGUUUGACUCACAGAGACUAUUUAUUUGACUGAAGUUGGACUAUACCAAAUGCUCAUCAGGUCAAUGAGUUCCUAAAGCUUAGCAGUAUUACAAAUAUUAUUACUAUUAUAAUACUAAAGUCAGUUGAGCACAGUUUUCCUCUACAGCAGGUCCUAGCCAAUGCCAUGCAGUACUGACUUUCCUGUAUAGAAGCUAACUCACUGCCGCUUUUAUGCUCCCUAGUCCCCCUUUAAACCUGCUUCACAGUCUGUAGUUUACCAGUCAAUUAGUCUGCCCAGAGUGUAACUUGCUCAGAUCUAAAGUGUAAUACUAUUGUUAUAUAAAACCAGACCAUAGACUAUGACUAGCCAGAGAGGGAGAAAGAGGGAGUGUUUGAAGUAUUGUUCAUUUGUAAUCAGUCUUCUUGUGAAAUAAAUACAUUUUAUUUAAA